AUGAACAUGGAGAAACGAAUUUCUGCCAUUGAUCUUAAUCAACCAAAACAAGCUGAACUCCAAGAAGAAUAUAACUUUGAGGUUGAGCCAGCAUCAGUGGAGACAAGAAACACAAGCUUGAGCGGUUUGACAAUUAAACCUGAAAACAUAGAAAAUGGUGUAAGAUUUUCAGCUUCAUUACCAUCAAAUGUGUCUUCAGUAUUGGAUUCUGAUCUUGGUGGGACUGCAAAAGAUGAGCUACCAUCAAUGAUUCUCAUGGGAUGUUCUACUUGUCUCAUGUAUGUGAUGGUUGUCAAGGCUGACCCUAAAUGUCCAAAAUGUAAAAAUCAAAUGAUGAAUGUUGGUAUAUUUUGA